UUUUAUUGACACAUCUACCCGUUUAAACUUCAAAGCCCGACUUCUUUCUCUCGGAAACCUAAAUCAGAUCUAUGAAUAGGGUUUAGCUACUCAGGUAUCGGGAUUUCUCGCUAUUCAGGUUGGUGUUGCUCGGUCCAUCGGCCAUGAUUUGUGGUUGAGAUCCAAAAUUUGAGAGAUUUGCGGUGGGCAGUGAUCUGUGAUUUUUCGAAUAGGUUUGUAAAGAAAUAAAAGGUGACAAUGGGUGGAGAGCAGGGUGGUUCCAAAAGUGGUGGAUUUUUUCACCUAUUUGAUUGGAACCGGAAGUCGAGGAAGAAAUUGUUCUCCAAUUCGCCUGAGGGCACAAAGCAAGGGAAGAGAAGUAUUGAUAAUUUCCCAGCAACGCAGCUCCAUCUGAUUGAUGAUGACCAAAUAUUUGCCGUUCCAAGUAACAAAGGAAGUAGUGACUAUAGUUGCGCUUCAUCGGUGACCGAUGAAGAUGGCAAUGGAACAAGGGCCCCAGGUGUUGUGGCAAGGCUUAUGGGUCUUGAUUCCAUGCCAACAUCAGGAGUUUCAGAGCCAUACUCCACUCCUUUCUUUGAUGCCCGAUCUUUUCACUACAACCAGAGCCAGAAAAGUCCUAACUUUUACACAAAUGAAAAUUCCAACUAUGUUGUUCCCCACAAAGCUGAGGGUUACUUCAGGAAGACCAUGGAGACCAGAUCUCAGAAGAUGCCCAGCAGCCCCAUAGAAAGGUUCCAAAGGGAGAUAUUACCUCCAAGGUUGGGAAAGUCCCUUCCACUAAGCCACCACAAGUUGGUAUCGCCAAUCAAGAACCUUGGCUUCACAUCAGCAAAGAAUGCAACAGAAAUUAUGGAGGCAGCUGCAAAGAUUAUUGAACCGGGGCUGCAAAUACAUCCUAGUACAAAAGGGAAGAUAAGUUCACCUUCAAUUCCUAUAAGAGUUCGCGAGCCCAAGGAUAACGUAUCUGGUACAGAAAGGGUGUCGCAAGUGUUACAACUAUCCCGACCACCUGUUAAGUUGGAUGAUCCUCAGUUCUCGAGAGGACAGUCCUUAAACACGAACUGGAAUAGGACUGAAGAUAUUGUUAUUGUUAGGUCCUCUCCAGAUCCUUAUGAAAUCAAUGGAGCUGGAGCAAGAAGUAAGGGUAAAUCCGUCUCUUUAGCCAUACAAGCUAAAGUUAAUGUCCAGAAAAGGGAAGGCUUUGGCUCAUCAAGUAGGAGUUCAAUAGUUCAGAAGGAGCAUGAAGAAUACAAGGUAAAUCAACCAUUCAAGACACAAGCAAACAACCAGAAGAAUAAACCACCAAAGAAGCCUUCAACAGUCAAUGUUUCUGGUGUCCUCAGGCAAAACAAUCAGAAGCAGAACUGUCAAUCAAGCAAAAGCAAAUUGAGUGUAAAGCAAUCGAGUCAGCAACAAGGAAGGAAGAUUCCAUCUGCAGAUCCUUCAUCCGGAAAAAACAAGAUUGCAUACAAGCCUUCAGGAACUUCAAGAAACAAUUGCAGGAAAAUCACAGGCCUUGAUAGGGAAGGUUCAUCCUCCAAUAACAAGGAUUUCCCACAAAAGAAAAGGUUAAUAGAAGGAAGCUUCAGCAGUGAGAAUAGUUUGCCUACUUACAGAGGGCUAAUGAAAAGACAUGAAACGCAAGUUGAAUCUGAUAUGCUAAUAGAUGAGCACACAAAACGACCUGAGGAUAAUAGAAAUGCUACUGACAUCAUAUCUUUUACAUUCACAUCCCCGUUGAUAAAAACAUUUAGUGCGUCUCAAUCUGGCGGUUUGGUGGUUGAUAAAUGGGACAAAGGGAAUGGUAGUUGUUUAGAAAAUAAUUUUUCAGAUGUUAACAAGAGUCUAUUAUCACCAGGAUUGAAUGUUUUAGGUGGUGAUGCAUUGAGUCAUCUCUUAGAACAGAAAUUAAGAGAAUUGACUUCUACUGAGCUAUCCUGCGACUUCACAAGAACAGCAAAGCUCACAGCUUCUGCUCCAACUCCGCAAAAUGUAAAAUCUUCUUGUAAUGGUUUGAACACACGGACAGCACAACACAGGGAGUUCCAACCUAUAUCAUAUAAGGAUAGACACGGAAUUGCAGUUAACUCUGGAGUUUCUUCAACAAAUUCUCAGGCAGUAAAAGUUGAAAACGAUCAAAGCAGCAGCGGUAAUGCCUGCAUGGAACCAAAUUACAAUUAUCAAAGUCCACUCUCCGUGUUUGAUGCCUCCUUUUCAAGUGAAAGCUGGCAGUUAACGGAGAGCCCAGGAAGUGCAUAUGGAAGCGACCUUUGUUCAUCAUCUGUUAAAGCUCAGAACAUUGCUCACUUGCAUUCAAGUAAAUUGGCUGAAGCAGAACCUGAGUUGUUUGAUUCAGCUUCUUCUAUUGCUAAAGAUCAAGAGGGUACAACAGCCCAUAUGAAACCAAACGAGCAGGAACUGCAUUAUAUGAGGAAAACAUUGUGCCACAAAGGUUUGACGUCUGAGGAUUUAGCCUCAUACUACUUAAAUGGCGUUGCAGCUUUUGAAGGUAAUAAUGGAUAUCUACAAGAAGAGGUAAUAGGUGAUAAGGGAAGGAGCAAGUUACUAUAUGACUCUGUCCAAGAAUGCUUGGAGUUGAAACAUGAUCAUUAUUUUAAGGCAGGAUAUCAAGCAUGGAACAAGGGAACAAUAUUGACUAGGAAGGAUAUUGCACAAGAUGUUUAUGAUGAAAUUUCAGGAUGGAAAUCCACGAGUAACUGGAUGGUAAAUGAACUUGUGGCAAAUGACAUGAGCACUCACUUGGGAAGUUGGCUGGAGUUUGAGAUUGAAGCAUUUGAAACUGGCAAGCAAAUUCAAAGACAGAUACUGAGCUUAUUGAUUGAUGAAGUUCUUGUUGAUUUCCAUAUCAUUUAAAUUAGCGCAUUAGCAAUCACCAGUACGGUUUGACUCUGUAACCUCCUUAUGAUCAUCUUCGACCUUUUGCAGAGAAUGAUGAUGCAAAGUCGAACCAUUCACUUGAUAAUUGAUGAUAAUGUAGUGAUCAGCCUUAUUGUUUCAUAUGGUGUAUUCAUUCUUCCAUUUA